GGUGCCUUUCGGUUAUUGUAUGGAUUGUAUUGUAUAUAUUAUAUAAGUUAUGUUUUUCCAAAGUCUAUAUGUAAAAGUAAACACAUGUUAAAGCAGUAGGUUUAUACUUCAAAAAUGACUACGAAAUUAAUAUUACGCACAGGUGUAAAAGCAUUCAGUAAUGGAUAUGUGUAUUCUAGAUUUUGUACUGGUGAACUUUCGUUUUGUAGGACUUUGCCUUAUAAACAAUUCACUCGACCGCUGGCCACCAAGGAUGAUGUGGAGAAGAACAUUCAAAAGUACAAGGAAGGCAAGUUCGGCACGCUUCCCGAUCCCGACAAAUUGGACCAUUUCCGGAAAUCCAACGACGAUAAGAAGCAGGCAACUUCUCUUCAGGCGUCAACCGAGGAUUUGCCUCCCCUGGGCACCCAUGCAUUGCCGCACCCAAUAUGGACAGAAAGGGAGCUUCACAGCGUUGAGAUAACGCACAAGCCGCCAGAGGGCUUUGUUGACAAGGCCGCUUACUAUACCGUGCAGAUCAUGCGCACAGUCUUCGACGUCAUUUCCGGUUUCAAGUGGGGUCAGACAAAUGAACAAAAGUGGCUUAAGCGAAUCAUCUUCCUGGAGACGGUUGCCGGGGUGCCUGGGAUGGUUGCCGCCAUGACGCGGCACCUACACUCACUGCGCCGCAUGCAGCGCGACUAUGGCUGGAUACACACGCUUCUCGAGGAGGCCGAAAACGAAAGAAUGCAUUUAAUGACAGCAUUGCAGUUGAGGCAACCAGGGUUCAUGUUUCGCACUGGCGUUAUUGUGGCACAGGGUACGUUUGUGACCCUGUUCAGUUUUUCCUACCUGAUCUCGCCGAGAUUCUGUCACCGCUUUGUGGGCUAUUUGGAAGAGGAAGCCGUGAAGACGUACACCAAAUGUUUAAAGGACAUAGAGGACGGCAACAUGCAGCACUGGAAAACGCAUCCUAGUCCGGAGUUCGCCACGCGAUACUGGAAACUCGCCCCCGACGCCACGAUGAAGGACGUGAUUCUUGCGAUACGUGCGGACGAGGCGCACCACCGCCUGGUGAACCAUACCCUCGCCUCCAUGAAGGAAACAGACUACAACCCGUACAAGCCCGGACAGUAACUCACUCUCACUACGUCCCGUCCAUACCCUGACAGUAACCGGCACUCAAAACAUGCUGUACAAGCCAGUUCGACCAUCCGCAGUCACUACAUCGUGUACCAACCCGGACAGUGAAGCGCUUUCACUGCAUGACGUUUAUUAGUGGAUGAAUAAGGAUGGACGUAUAGUCACUCAUCUAUCUUUUGGAAAACACGCAUUUAUACUGCACAAGUGGUGAAUACAACAAUAUUUAAUGUAUAUUAUAUAUUGUAUCAUCAUUUAAGCUGUCAUAUAUACAUUAUAAUUUAUUUACAAUGUGAUUAUGUUGUUAAAUCGAAUGUAGUUAUACCUGUAAUUUUGAGUAUUUUUGAUACCUUUAAAUUUGAGUGAUUAAGGCAUAUAUUUAGAAUAAGAAAACAGAUAUUUAACAUGCUGUGUGAUGCAAGAAGGGAUUGUCGAGACACGGAUGUGUGUUCAGAAUAUAGGAGUGUUGUCUUGCCUCAAUUUAUCAUAACAGCAAGUACAUUCAACAAGGAUAGUAAUGUUAUCUACCUCAAUGCCUAAUAACAUCAAGUACAUUCAACAAUAAAGCGUGCAGACUGUUCUGCGGACUCUAAUGUAGGUGCAACCUGAAGAUGACAAGACAGACUAUUAUGUCUACCAGCUAAAAUGAAAUCGGUAGGACUCGUGGAACGAUUUUUUACUGUGUGGAGAUUUCGCAAACAAGGCACAAACGUUUUUUUUUUUUUUUUUCAAAACGAAUCUCAUUGUUGUUAAAAAUGAUUACCUGUUGAUUAUAUACAUUUUGUAGUGUUUGUUACCAUAUUGAUUAUAUACAUUUUGUAGUGUUUGUUGUGUGUACUGCAUAAAAUUUACAUACGUCAA